AUGCCUAUCAAGUCAACCCUCACUCGGGCCGUGGCCCUCAUGCUUCUUGCCUCCGGCCUCGCUUCGGCCGCGUCGUUUGACAAGUACACCGAGGCCAUCCCCGAGGGUCUGGUCGUCUGCGACACCCGCGAGCAACUCGGCAAUGCGGUCCCAGCCGACUACCAAGGCAACACCGCCCUAUUCAACGAGGACGGCGGGUACUUUGUGAAGGACGUCAACACCGGCGCGAGACUGGCCGUCGCUACUGACGACCUUGUCGAGUCCAUCGACUCGCAAUUGGCCGAGAUGGACACCCUGGACUCGACCGGGAAGCUGAAGAGCCCCAGUCCCCAGCCCCAGACGUCCCCGAACAAGAGAGACGGCAAUCUGGGGGAGGCGGCCAAUGCGUGCAAGCACUGGAAGUGCCAGACCGACUCGAUCUGCAAGACCUACAACGACUGCCAUCAUCCUCCACGACUCGCAAUGCCUCGCUCCAUAGCGUAUUGUCGUAACUGGAACUUCCUUCCCGACGUUUUCCCGACGCAUAAGGCUGGUUGGACGACUCAAGCCUUUAUGGGCCUUCUUGGCCUCGCCUUGACCUGCUGGCCUUCCCUCUUAUGGCUGUCAAUAGCCUCAACUCCAGACCCUACGGUACUUAGCCCAGCGAGAGUUGCCGACCUCCAUAGUCUAGUUAAAUCCUGCAUGCGAUUCAUGGAACUGGGGCUCGGGUGUUCGGCAAAUCACUGGUGGCUCACACACCCUGACCCCACGGGGCUCUCCACGUCCAGCUUGCGGAGCUCUGAAGCCCCCUCUAACCCUGACGCUGUUCACAAUCGGCCGCAUUCUAUGACGAUGCGCAUACCAUACGGAUGA